ACAAAUCGGUCGUCUCCACUCGUGUUUUUCGUUUCGUGCUCGAAUUUGGCGGCGGUUUCGACGGACGUACGUCGAGCUGCAUGUCAUAGCUAGCUGCUGCAGGCAGGCCAGAGAGAGAGUAUGUGGCGGGUGAGAAGACGAGUGUCGGUCGAGGGGUUGUACUACGCCCACGGUCUCCUCUGUGCUAGCUACCCCAUCUCCAUGCUGGCUUUCGUCUUCCUUGUGGUGGUCGUAACAAGCUUGCCGUUCUUCGUAACGCCGACUGGAGACCUGAAUUCCCCGAAACCAUGGAGAUCUCCGUGGCUCAAUUACCGUGUCCCUGCGGGGAGAGGGGGCGGGGCUCUCGGAGAGGGGAUGGAAUGGAUCGUGGACAAUAGCACGCAGUUUUCUGGCCGCGUUCCAUCCUGGUUUCGAGGUUUGCCGGUGGCUCUGGCUCAGCAGAUCUACGUGGACGUUCGUGUCAACUGUUCCUCUCACUCCACCUUCUGUCAAAAGUCUCACUUCAGCUCAAGUAAAGCUGUAGCUGCCUCUCUACUCCACACCCUCGGAGAAAAGACCAGGUCUUGCUACCCAGUGCUCCAUCCAGCUGCCGUCAGUUUGACCUCUGAACUCGACCACACCCACCCUCCCGGCAUACUGUCGCCUCUACUUGACUUUGUUCUUUCUCGCUGGGACUCAGAGGGUCAGGUGCUGGGGUUCCAGACCACAAAAGAGCUCCUCUACGGAGGGUUCUGGCAGAAGGAGCACUCAUCCACCCCUCCCCCCUCCCCCUCCUCCCCUCUCACCAAGUCACACACGUUCUCCAUCACCCGUUCUCCUGGACGCCAGCGUCUCCCGGUUCUCUCCCCUCACCCACUGCGUCGGGGCAAUUAG